AUGAUACGGAGUCACCUGUGGUAUAAAAACGACGUAUUGCAAGAUCGAUUACGUAAACCGCUUAUGAAGCUCUGCGCCCAGUAUCUCUACCAGGAGAAACAUCGGGGACUUGCCCUCAACGGAGUUGCGAAUUUCCAUUUGAAGAAUGGUGCUGUGCUCUGGCGAAUCAACUGGCUAGCAGACACGUCACAACGAGGUUUAAUGAACUCAUGUUCGCUCAUGGUUAAUUAUCGAUACUUCCUCGACCAAAUUGACCAAAACAGUGUAGAGUACUGUACACAAGGCUCCAUUUCAAUUUCAAAUCAGGUUCAUAGCCUGCUGAAAACUGAGCCGAUACCGUCAAGCCAGCUAUAG